GNGCGCCAGUACAGGAGCAACCACCAGCCGGUGCGUAUACAGCGCGUGUUGCGCCAGUACAGGAGCAACCACCAGCCGGUGCGUAUACAGCGCGUGUUGCGCCAGUACAGGAGCAACCACCAGCCGGUGCGUAUACAGCGCGUGUUGCGCCAGUACAGGAGCAACCACCAGCCGGUGCGUAUACAGCGCGUGUUGCGCCAGUACAGGAGCAACCACCAGCCGGUGCGUAUACAGCGCGUGUUGCGCCAGUACAGGAGCAACCACCAGCCGGUGCGUAUACAGCGCGUGUUGCGCCAGUACAGGAGCAACCACCAGCCGGUGCGUAUACAGCGCGUGUUGCGCCAGUACAGGAGCAACCACCAGCCGGUGCGUAUACAGCGCGUGUUGCGCCAGUACAGGAGCAACCACCAGCCGGUGCGUAUACAGCGCGUGUUGCGCCAGUACAGGAGCAACCACCAGCCGGUGCGUAUACAGCGCGUGUUGCGCCAGUACAGGAGCAACCACCAGCCGGUGCGUAUACAGCGCGUGUUGCGCCAGUACAGGAGCAACCACCAGCCGGUACCGGCGAACACUCCUAAUGUGCGGGUUGUCCUGGCAUCAUCGUGGCGCAGCGGAUCAACCUUACUAGGCGAGGUGGUAUCUGCACAUCCCGGCACCUACUACCACUACGAGCCUUUCAUGUCCCAUGGUGUACGACAACUGCAAGCGGCCGACCUGGUUGAAGUGAACAACCUACUGCACGACUUAUUCAAGUGUGACUAUCGACAUCAAGAAGACUACCUGCGUUUUGCUUUCAUGAACGCCGACGUGUUCUCUCGCAACAGCAGACUGUGGGCGAUGUGCACUGCUUUGCCACGUACCAAGUGCUACGCUCCGGAGAUUCUGGGCAAACUGU